CGCCAGCAUCAGACGUGGACAUCAGCGGAGGAAGAGGGUCGCCGACGUCGUCCACGAGCGGGCUGCACGUGCAGGCGGCGCAGGACGCGGAACACGCCAUCUAUUUCCGCGACGACGAGCUGUAUGUCUCCAACCCCCUCGGUGACGACAGCAGUGACGAGAGCUUCAACGACUCCUCGGACGACCAGGACGAGGACUACGCCGGCAGUGACGUCGAUGAUGAUGAUCCAGAAAUCAAAGAAAACAGCUACGAGGCUGUGAAGGGGACGUCACCGUGUGACAGUGUUAUAGAAGGGGAGAAAACACCAGACAAGGACUCGGACGCAAGAUCAGACGAGCAGGCAAGGCAACAGAUGGCGCCUGCUUCACUCGCCCGCGCGACCGUGACCCCUGCCCCGAUCAAAUCGAAAACAGAAAAACCCAAACUAAAGCCAGGGAAUGGACAGGCCAAGAGAUUUAAGAACAUUUACGGAUCUUCCCCUCGAGGUGCUGCAGGAUCCCAAAGGACGAAGAAAGGAAUGAAGAGCCUUGAGGGCAGACAACCAGCGACCAUCCGAGAUUCCAAGAGUUCUAAGGAGCAGCCUGGAAACGAUCACACACAAAACAACACCCCAGUGAAAGUCGACAAACAUUUCAGUUCUGGUGCUGUGCGCAGAGACGAGGAGACAUCCAACCAACUUGAAGGCCGCAGACAGCGCGUGUUGAGGCGGCGGCUGUGGAACGCAUGUCAGCGCCGCCAGCGAGAAGACAUCCAGCGGGCUGUAGCCAGAUACGAGAGGGGAGGCUAUCCACCUUGUGCGGAUUUAGCCGAGGCCAAACGCCUGCUUGUCUUCUUCCAGCUGAGAGAUGCUUUAGUGGAAGCGAUCGAAUGCAAAGAUCCCGAGAGAAUCAACAACGGCCUGAGAGAUGUUGAGCUCGGAGGGAUUUGGUGGGGACCUGGCCGCCCUGUGCAAGAAGGCUCGCUCCCUCCUGAACCCCCACAAGGGGCAAAACAAACUUCUGGCUGUGGCCGAGGCGGACGUGCGCACUCUGCUGGAGAUCCGGGGCUACCGGUGUCCGCCGGAAGUGGUGCACCACGUGGUCAUCGCCACAUUGUUGUUACUAGGCGUUCACGAAGGCCUAACAAAGAAAUGGCGGCACUGCCAGAGGCGGGUCCACGUCUUGGGGCCUCACGGCAUCCACCGCAAGAUGUUGACCAUCGAGCCGGACUGCGUGCACCCUGAGAUUGCUGCGCGUGCCAAAGUUCUUCUGGAAGAGCAUUCUCUGCAGGAAGCCAACAGCGCAGGUCCCGCAGUGGCCGCGGUGCUAAGAUGGGCCAUGGACGUCAUAAAAAGUGUGGAGGAAGCAGCAUCAGAGGCUGAGGGGUACUUCAUGAUGGAGGAGGCACGGCAAGCGUGCAAGCCGCCAGCAGGCAGCGCCAGAAGCAGAUUUUCCGACAGCAGGCGCAGCUAACAUCCGGGGAACAGACCAGUGGCCAGAAGUCUGCGCAUGCGCACCGCGACCGUAGAGGAAUGAAGACCUCACAGCCCAAGACCGAAGACCGUGGCAAGUCCUCCAGGUCCUCCAGCAGACACACCCCAGCACCACCAGAAGUGCAUCGCAGAAACGCUCUUCAACCAAAGCAGACGAGAGGAAGUCACGUGAUGGCAAGAGGCCCACCACAGUCCCAGCGCCUCAAAUCUCCCGAAACCGAGACACUGCGAAAAGAAAUCCUAAUGUGUAUGAAAAUCCCGUGUGUGGGACAAAGGACCGAGUGUUGGUCCGCAAACGAGAGGCAAAAGCAGGGAAAAGAAAGUUAUUCAGACGGAGAAGAAAAACCUAGCACAGAGCAGCAAAACAGUUGAUUCCGACCAUCAUUCACUUCAACCACGGAGCAAUGGCCAUCAUCUCCAACCACAGCAGCAACAUCAAAGUCAUGACACCCUGCAACAAGGCCAGGCCUUGGCUCGACAUCUCAACCAGAACUGAGAGAUACAGACACACAUGCACGAGCUCCGCUGACCACCGACUCACCAACGGACAAAGACAAGACUCUCGCAGCUGCAUCAUCACAGGCUGACGAGCAGGACUGCAGGAGCGAGAGCAGACCGGAACCGAGAGAAUGCGCAGAACAGGAAGUGAAAGUCGGUAAACAGGAAGUGGGUGAGGAUCGGUCCUCCACUUCGCACAGUGCCGGCUUUCAGCCCUCGCUCAAGUCACCGUCGCAGGCAAGCGUGUCCUCACAGAACCGACCUCGGAGGUCAGAGGUGAAGGGUGGAGAGAGACCCACAGCCGAGCGUUGGCGUCGCCUCCAGAAAAGCCAACCCCAAGGCGCCUCAACCGAUUAUCUUCCACAGCUCCUUCUACCCCAUCAGCAACGAUGACGACGAUGCACAGGACCGGCACAACGGCUACACAUGACGAUGCAAGAUGUUCUGAUACUAAUUUCCCUAUAGAGGGGGAGGAGAGGGGAACAAUCUUUCCCAACCUCUCUGCAAUCCCAGUAGUUGGGUCGACUGAGGGAAGUUCGUUGCUACACGGAUAUCGAAACGGCCCACCUCCCGUUCGGACACCUGUCCUCUACCCACUCAAAUAUACUCUUCCAGGGAAGAGAAAGACAAGAUUUUGAACGAGAUCGCUUAUCAGGAAUCAUAAGACAUUCUGUUGGAUAGAUAUUAUACAAACAUAAUUUAUAAUAUAUAUAUUUAUCACUUUACUUACAAAAUACCUGGUAAUAUAUAAUGAUCAUGUCCAUUUAAAAAAAUUUAACAGUGAAGCACUAGGAAAUGAGGAGAAUAUUAGUCUUGCACCUAGUGAUCCCCGGGAACAGAUCGCUUAUCAAGUUUGAAAGGCGCGGUAGUUCUCUGGUGAAUGGGGAUGACUUCAACUCUGGUUCGAUUCUCGCUCUGGGCGAUUGAUUGCAGAUCACUGGGCCUAGACGUUCACGCACCUUAGGGUGGACACAAAGAUGGGCACUGAAGGCUACUGAAGCUCCCGGGCCUGUUGCUACUUAACUAUAAGAUCUUCUUUCUUGUACAGAACUUUCUUGUACUGAGACUUGUGCAGGAAAAUAAGUCACGAUAAAUCACGUGACAGACGUGGUUGCUUUGACCGUUAACUGACUGCGGUUUAUGGGCAACUGAAUGAGAUACGUGCGGGUCAUUCCGCAACUCCCACCAACAGUGAUUUGUUUUAAAUGGAGGCUAACAUCAGAUGCAGCUUAUUUUCUGUUCAGAAAUUUUCAGAUAGCCAAGACAUACAUAUUUUCUGUAAAAUAUGUUAAAACUGUUAUCCGAAGACCUCAUUAAAUGAGUGAUUCUCCGC